GUAAAAAUCAAGAUUGUUGAGAUGAUAUAAUAUAAAGUUCCCACCCAGAUUUGGAUCAUAUAAUAUAAAACGCGCCCACUUCAUUUCCAUUUCAUCUUUCAAAUUUUCCAACUCUCAUCUUCUCUCGUUCUCUUCUCUGUGAUUUCGUUGAACUAGGGUUUCCAAUUUCCAAUUCCCAUUCCCAAAUCGCGAAUGUCACAGCCCAUUUCCUCGCAAAUCUCCUCCUAGAUCACUGCUGCUUCCGGAGGAUCAAUCAAUGGCGUUGUUGGCAGCAAGCGGCGGCGACACCGUUAAGCUAUUCGACGCCUCCGUCAAGCCCGGCGAUCCUUGUACUCUCAGCUUCACCCCUUCUCCUGGUUCUCAAGUCCACUCAGUGAAGUGGAAUCACACCAAUUUGGUUGUGGCCAGUGCUGGGGAUGACAAGAGGAUCUCCUUGUGGCGUAAGAAUGGGCACAGCAUGGGGACCAUUCCGCUCGCCGGUACUGACAGCGGUGACAACAUUGAGGAAUCUAUAUCGGCUAUCAGCUUCAGCAACAAGGCAUCCAGAUAUAUAUGUUCGGGAGGAAGUGGUCAAGUUGUAAGGAUAUGGGAUUUGCAAAGGAAGCGCUGUAUUAAAUGGCUCAAAGGUCAUACUAAUACUAUCACAGGAGUAAUGUACAAUUGCAAAGAUGAAUAUUUGGCUUCUAUCAGUCUUAGUGGGGACCUUAUACUUCAUAGCCUUGCUUCAGGCCAAAGGGCUGCUGAACUUAAAGAUCCCAAUCAACAGGUGUUGAGAGUUCUUGAUUAUUCGCGGGUGAAUCGCCACCUUCUUGUUACUGCCGGUGAUGAGGGGACAGUACAUUUGUGGGAUACAACUGGUCGCAGUCCCAAGGUUUCUUGGAUGAAGCAGCAUUCUGCACCAACUGCUGGUAUUAGCUUCUCUCCAUCCAAUGACAAGAUCAUUGCUAGUGUUGGACUUGAUAAAAAAUUAUACACUUAUGACAUUGGAUCUAGAAGACCAUCAUCUUGCAUUUCUUAUGAAUCGCCUUUUUCUUCACUGGCCUUUCGAGAUGAUGGAUGGAUGCUGGCUGCUGGAACUGGCAAUGGCCGUGUGGCAUUCUAUGAUGUCCGCGGAAAACCACAACCUUUUGUUGUUCUUCAUGCUUUUGGUAGUUCAGAGGCUGUUACGAGCUUAUGCUGGCAAAGAUCAAAACCAGUUACUAUUGAUGAAAGAAAUUGCAGUGCUGAGACUGCUCUUGUGGGAGAUUCUGUUGAAGAUUCAAUCCUUAUGCCUGAUCCCUUACCUUCAGCAACUUCAUCAAGUGUUUCCCUAUCUACAUCAGUGUCUGGUACUAGGAAUCCUGGUCGGCUAGGUGCCUCUGUUGAAGCAUCUUCACUUAUAGCAUCAAACAGUGUAUUUACAUCAAACAUGCAUAAUGUCUCUAAUGCUGAGGAAACACCGCAUCGUAACCAUUUAUGGCCAGGUGGAACCCUUUCAAGGUUGCAUGCUCCUCGUGGUAGUUAUAACUUAAAGGAUGACAUGGAGGUAUUCUCCCCUCUUGUGGAUGUUCAGCCAAUAACACCUUCGCUGUGGAAUGAAAGUGGGACAAAGAAGGAUAGUUUAUAUGCAGAUAGAAAAUCCUUGUUGUUUCCAUCAUCCAUUCGAAGAUUUCCAAAUUCAGAAGAAGGAAUCAGUGACCAUCCAAUAUCUGAUUGGAAAUCUGUCUCAACUGCCAAGCAGGAUAUUAUUCAAUCUUCCUUUCCACUUGUGGGGUCAACUCCUCCUCCAUCUUCCAAGAGUGAAGAUUCUUCCAUCACUCCUCCAGAAGCAUGGGGUGGUGAGAAAUUGACUGAUAAAUAUACGUACCCAAACCAGCCUGUCAAUUUACCAUCUCGUUUGGGGAUGCUGUCUUCUGCUGGUCAGACAGCAGGAUCAAUGUUAUCUGGAAUGCAGGACACACCCUCAUCAACAGGUACUAUAUACUAUACCAGUUCGGGUGUAAGUUAUGCUAAUUUACGUGCCAAGGAUGCCUCUGCGAGCCAGGAGACUUCAUCGGGGUUUACUGAUCACACGUUCUCUACUUCUUUGCCUUUGUCCAUCAAUACAAAAACUAGCCUUGGACAGGCAAAUACUGAUUCCCCAAGAAUCCUUGAUUCCCCUAGGAUGUCUUUUCCACGAAGAUCUACUUAUGCUGAAAGAAUUAGCACUACAUCUACUUUCAGUGAUGGAGUAUCUCUUUCAGUUGGUUCACCAAAGAUUAAGAAAUCAGGAGCAGAAACCAAGGAAGAUCUUCUGAAUAGUUUGCUGUUGAAGUCUGAUAUAGCUGCUCUAGCAGAAUCAGGCUCUCUACCACUGACAAAUGGAAUACUCUCACAACAGAAAACAUCUCAGUCAGAUGCACAACAAGGAUCUUCAUUUACGCUGCAGCUUUUUCAGCGGACCUUGGAAGAAACUUUAGAUUCCUUUCAGAGAUCAAUACACGGGGAUAUUAGAAACCUUCAUGUUGAAGUAUUACGACAAUUUCAUCUGCAAGAGACGGAAAUGUCAACCAUGAUGAAGUCCAUUCUGGAAAACCAAGCCGAGUUGAUGAAAGAAGUGAAGCUUCUUCGUAAGGAAAACCAACAGCUCCGACAAAUGCUUUGAUGGAUUGCAUAUUUUUUUUCAUGAGUGCCUUUGUCCUAUCUUGUGGGUUUAUUGUUUCUUUUACCUACUAGCAAUUAGUGCAUGGCUUGUUAUUGGCAUUUUGAUUGUGUCUCAGCUUUUAGAUGGCGGUGGUUGAAGAAAAAUAUCACGAGAUAAUUGCUUGUUACUGGGUAGGGCUUUAAAAAUGUAUAGAAAUGAUUUUCCAUUAUGGAAGCUUUGUUUGGGCCAUUUCAAUUUGACUGAUUUUGAGUUCUUACUUGGCAUGAAACUACCCCUUGUCGCCACUUUGCAUUAGAAGCUGUAAAGGAGAGAAGCACGUUGAUAAAACUCCACCAAAGCCAUUAUUUUCACUCCAUUGUUAUUUUGCUGUGCACGAAACGAGACAUUGGUUGUUUC